UUGAAGGCAGAUGCCUUUCCCUAAGAUGGCAGGAAGUGCCUGACCCCCAGCCAGGGCCAUGGAAGGAAAACCGCUCAACUGGAGAGCCAGAAGGAGUGGGGGACGAGGCAGACACUGGGGCAGAGGCCACCUCCUGUAUCCUGCAGAGAUUGCUGGAGCCCCCUCUUCUCUCAGCAUGGGUUGGCCAGGGAGGAUGACCCUGUCUCUCCUCCUGGUUUUGGUGCCCAUGUAUCUACAUGGGGCUUCACUGCAGAAAGCUGGAUCAGCAGGGCAAAGAAAACCAUUUUUCGAGAGGCUCCGUAGACUAGAAGAGCAGUUUCGGAGUUUCCAAGAAGUGACCUUAACACAGCUGAAGGGCAUUGCCAACAACUACAACAUGUCCUAUGACAUUGAUGCCCAGUUACAGAGCCUGGCAGAGGAGAGCCAGGCUGUGGCUCUGACAGUCAACAGGUCACAGGCUGCCAUCCAGGGGGACCUGGCCCACCUGAAGGCCUGGGUGAGGAAGACUCAGCACCGAAGCCGGAAGAUGGGCAUGCGACUGCAGGCCUUGGACUUGGCCCUGACUGAGAAAACCAGGCAGUGGGUACAGGCAGGAAAGGAGCAGAAGACACAGAGGGAUGUCAUUUCAGGCCUGGCCCUGGGCACACAGGCCCUGCAGGAUGCACUGGUCAGCCUGACACACCAGGUCCACAGCCAGGGUGCUAGGCUGGCUGCUCUCGAGGGUCAACUACAGAUGGCCAGCCCUGGCACUGCAGCCCCAGGGUGGACCCCAGCCCCAACUCCAGCUCAGCCUGUGCACCCGGGCCCACUGAUGCUGCUGACAGAUAGGCAGGACCUUGCUCCUCACCCAACAGAGUCCCGGGACUUCACUGCCCAUCUCCUGGGCACACAGAAGCCCCCAGCCCCAAGCAGCCAUUGGGCACCUGGUGGGGCUGCUGCAGUCCCAAGGGAUCCUCCUCAGGGAUCAGGAGAAGUUUGCAACCUGGGUCCCGUGUUCACAUUCCCGGAUGCCUCCCCUGAGAACGUGAUCUUCCUCAGCCCCAGCUUCCUCACAGCCCUACGAGCUCUGUCCUUCUGCAGCUGGGUCCGCACAUCCUCUGGCCACCUGGGCACCCUCCUCUCCUACGCCACUGAAGAGAAUGACAACAAGGUGGUACUGCAUGGCCGAGACUCACUGAUCCCCGGGUCCCUCCAUUUUGUGAUCGGAGACCCAGCCUUCAGGGAGCUGCCUCUGCAGCUGCUGCUAGAUGGCCAGUGGCACCACAUUUGUAUCAUCUGGACAUCUGUCCAGGGCAAGUACUGGCUCCAUGUGGACCGCAGGCUAGUGGCCACUGGCUCCCACUUUAGGGAGGGCUAUGAGAUCCCUCCUGGAGGGUCCCUUGUGCUGGGCCAGGAGCAAGACAGUGUUGGUGGAGGGUUUGACAGAUCUGAGGCCUUUGUGGGGAGCAUGUCUGGCUUGGCCAUCUGGGACCGGGCACUGGUCCCUGGAGAGGUUGCGAACCUUGCCAUCGGGAAGGAGCUCCCUACUGGUGCCAUCCUGACACUGGCCAAUGCCUCAUGGGUAGGCAAGUUUGUGCAGAGGGCCAACUGCACCUGUCUGGAGCUCUGUCCAUAAGGCCUCACCCUACUGGGGGUGAGGUCAUGUUCUGGGUUAGCAGGAGUAGCAAGCCUCCACCCAUUCCACAGGGCCCCCAUGUGCUGUCCAGGGCAUUCCUGCAUGGGGUGGGGUGGGUGGAAUUGCUGGAGACCAGAGCUGCCUCUUCCCAGGCUGUGGUGUUCUUUUGUGCUGCGCCUUCAAAGCCUCAGGUCACCCUGAGUGGUCUUGAAGUGAUGAAAGGCCAACAGAAGUCUUGUUUCUGGGGGUUCCCCUUCCUCGAGACAGCAAAGACAGCAUCUGCCAUGUCACUGCCACCUCUCAGGGCACUUGGGAAAGGUUCCUAUGGGUGAGAGCUAUUCUCGCAUCCCUGUGGAAAGGCUUCAGCAUGUGCUUCCUGGCCCUCAAGACUACAGUCCCUCCCCAGGCACACUGGGGGCCUUUGAGGCCAACUGGUCAGUCCUGUUCUCUCGUGCUUGGUGGCUGAUGACAUCGAGGAUAGACCAGCUAUGCUGCUUCAUCAGCUUCACGAGGUAUCAUUUUCACAUUAUAAAGUGCACCAAUUUAAGUGUAUACUUCAAAGACUUUUAGCAAGAAUACUGACCUGUGCAACCAUCCACAUGAUGUAGUUUUCGAGUAUUUCAGUUGCUUCUCAGCACUGCCCCUGUAGUGACCACACCUGCCCCAGCACUGGUGACCCUCUUCUGCAUGGAUUUGCCUGUCCUGGUCACCUCUGAGGUGGACUCACACAGCACAUGGUGGCUGAGUGCCACCCCAUAGUGUGAAUGGACCACAUUUUGUCCAUCAUUCCCCAGCCGAUGGGCAUAUGGGUUAUUUCCAGCUUUUAGGUACUAUGAGUAAAGCUGCUAUGUGCAU